CAUUACUUAAUUGAAUCAGAAGCAGGCGCUGUGUCUUUGCUAUUGUCUGUGUGAGGAAAUAAAAUGGUUCAUCUAAGCGAUAUGAAGAAACCUAUCAAUUGUACAGUGAUCGGGGACGGUAUGGUAGGGAAAACAUGCCUUUCGGAGGUUUUCUCUGGACUAAGCAUGCCCCAGGAGUAUGUGUCCACCGUGUUUAAUAACUAUGCCGGUAACUCCACGGUGGGAGGAGACAAAUAUGUGGUCAGCGUCUUUGAUUCUGCAGGAGAGCACGAAUACACGGAGCUAAGAUCCUUCAGUUAUAAAGACAGCGAGGUUCUUCUCCUCUGCUUCUCGGUCUCGGACAGGGAUUCGUUUGAGAGCAUUAGGGAAUUUUGGGCACCUGAAGUCAAAGACUUUCUGGGAAAACGUGUUCCUAUUAUCGUAGUGGCUACCCAGACAGACACCCGCUCGACCCUGGGAGGGGUCAGUGUCACUAUCGACGAGGGACAUAAAAUGGCCAAGGAAAUUGGCGCCGAUCGUUAUGUCGAGUGUUCGUCUUCAGACAUGGAAAGUGUGCAGAGGGUGUUUGAGAACGUUGUACUCACAGCUUUGAAACAGAGAAAGAAGAUGGGGAAUAUUUUCCGCCGAGUGCUGGGACGCUGAACUUUAUAGAAAUAUGACUUAGGUUUUAUUUCGAGGACGUAUACCCCAUACGUCUGUUUCACAAGACCCUCGCUGUACCGAGAAAGUGCUGGUCAAGGACUCGCGGGUGUGUGUUACUCAAGUUGGGAAAACGCUGAUAAGACUGUCAUUCAAAGGACAAUGCAGCAACCUUUGGACUAGUUUGGAACUGACCCAAGCAUGUGUCCUGAUCUGACCAAAUGCGGUAGAACACUUGCACUUAUUUUAAGGUGUGCACUUGGUUUUUCCGUUGCUGUAUACUAGUUCCUGGUAAUAAAAAAAGAGAGAAGCUUAGCAUCGACUUGUUAGUUAAUGUCAUGAAGACCUUUAAAUCAAUAUUCAUCGUAAACUUCAGUUGAUUCAUAUUGUACUUUUGUAUGAUUUGAAUAAAUAAUACAUUUGACAGAA